CAAGGUUUUGAUUUUGAAGAGACAUCAAACGAUGGUGUAACUAAAAAUUGAAUAUUUUGGAUCGGUAGGAGAUAAUUUUCGACUACUUGGAAAUUUUUUCUCGGAGCAGAGCAGAGUUGGAGAUCAUUAUCAGAUCGUCAUCAAACAGCAACAACGAACGUCAAAAAAAACUUGAUUCACCUUCAAUCAUCAUCCGUUUGUAAUUCCAACACACGAGAAGAGGUGCAAUUAUUUGAUUUUGUUUAUCACCUUGAGCGAAAGAAAAAAAAAAAGAAAAGUAGAAAAUGAAUUUAAAUUAAUUAGCAGUUGAUUGGAGAUCCGCAAAUUCAUUUUUUGAAAGCUCUCUCUUUGGUAAAGGCAGAAAAAGUUUGGAAAUCGCCAUGGGAGACGAUUCAGGCGUCAAUUGUGCCACGGAGGAGAAGAAAUGGAAGUGCGAAUUGUGUACUUAUGAAAAUUGCGCGAAAAAUUUAAAGUGUUGUAUGUGUCAAAAUAAGAAGAAUUUACUAAAUGAAGACAUUUUUAGAUUAAGUCCCUCAUCAAAUCGUCCCAAUCAACAAAGUUCGCCGCCCUCAUUGGUCGAUUCGUCAUCAACGACGGCAUGCGGUCCAUUUUUCCAACAGCAAACAGAUGCCGACGCGAACAAAUGGUCUUGCACCACGUGCACAUACCUAAAUUGGGUGCGUGCCUCGCGAUGCAUGCAAUGCGGAACAAAGAAGACUGCCGAGCAAGAAAAAGACAACAUUACCGUAAACGAUCAGCUGAAAUCUCUCAAAAUCCGGGAUCUCGAUGCGACGGAUGACAAUUCGCGCGCAAGCAGUCCCGGCUUCGGGCAAUGUGUUGGCGGCGCCAAAAUGAGUCCCGUGUCGGAAAAUAACCAGCAGCAACAAACACUUUCACGUUCCUCCUCGUCAAAUUACAACUUUAACAAGUGGCUAUGCCCGAUGUGUACUUAUGAGAAUUGGCCGAAGAGUUUGCGUUGCUCGAUGUGCAAUCAUCAGCGCGAAGUGAGCGGAACGCCGCAGGGAGCUGCAUGUCGUGCAAUAACAUCGGCAGGCGGCGGCUCUGAUACCGAGGGAGCUGCAAUGGCACGAUCGCAUACACUUUCGCCGGAUCGCGAGAUCAUCUACGACGAAAAUUGCGCGGGAAAUUUCAUAACCUCAAAUCAGGCGACGGGCGUUCAAAAGCGCGGCACGCGAAAUUGCAACGAAAAUGCCGCAAAUCACGAUGUGCAUCAGCAAGUUGAACGCCGAAUCCGACAAAUUCGUCGACAAACCGACAGGCAAUGGCUCAGCGCGUGCAUCGGCGUUGUCGAGAACAAUCGCAACGUGGUUGAGGAAUAUUUGGCGUGCGGCGGCAAUCCAGCACGUGCUCUAACUGCCAACGAAUGUUCCUUUCUCAAUCGAAAUUCCGCCUUCGAUGUCGGGCACACACUCAUCCAUCUGGCAAUUCGAUUUCAUCGCGACGAAAUGCUCCCGAGUCUUCUGGCGCGCAUCUCAAAUGGACCAAAUCAGUCGUAUGUGAAGCGAGUGCCGUCGUAUAUUGCGCCCGAUAUUGCCUCCGACAUCCGAAGACACUUUGCGUCGUCGCUGCGCAUCAAAAAGGCGCCCUUCAACUGUUACUACGUCAAUGAAUUUGUCACGUUUGCGUUGCCGGCGGAAAUUGAAGAGCUGCCGAACUCGAUACAGGAGCAACUUUAUGACGAAUUACUCGAUCGUGAUGCGCAACAACAGCUUGAAAGUCCCCCGCCUGCGCUGAAUUGGUCUUUGGAGAUAACGACACGGUUUGGGUCUCGUUUGUGGGUUUUGUGGAAUCGCAGUGCGGGAGAUUGUCUCUUGGAUAGUGCGAUGCAAGCCACGUAUGGCGUCUUUGAUCGUGAUAAUGUCCUCAGACGAGCACUUUCGGAUACGCUUCAUCAAUGCGGGCACAUGUUCUAUCCACGUUGGAAGGAAUACGAAAUGAUUCAAGCGGCGUUGCUACAUUUUACCUUAGAAGAAACCCAAUGGGAAGAGGAUUGGAGUACCUUGUUAUCAUUGGCUAGUCAACCGGGUUCAUCGCUCGAACAACUCCAUAUAUUUACGUUAGCUCACAUCUUGCGGCGACCUAUAAUUGUUUACGGUGUUAAAUAUGUAAAAAGUUUUCGCGGAGAGGAUUUAGGAUAUGCUAGAUUUGAAGGAUUAUAUUUACCUUUAUUAUGGGAUCAAAGUUUUUGCAUACGUUCGCCCAUCACGUUAGGAUACACGCGCGGACAUUUUAGUGCUCUCGUACCAAUGGAACCAUAUCCCAAUCGAAUUGAUUCGGCGCGUUGCGUCAACAGCGAUCAAGAUGGCGUCACAUUUCUGCCGUUGAUGGAUUGCGAGAUGAAGUUGCUGCCCAUUCACUUUUUAACACAAGCUGAGAUGGGACGAGAAGAGGCAAUAAUGCGCGAAUGGCUCGACGUUUGUUUCACCGACGGUCACUUGUUAGUCGCUCAACAAAAAUUACACAAACGUCCUUUGUUGCUGGCACAGAUGCUCGAGGAAUGGCUCAACCAUUAUCGUCGUUUAGCGCAAGUUUAUCAAGGCCCCUUCAAUCGCAUCGAAAAACUUCGCGGAUAUUCGUCGGAUGGUGAUAGUGAUGAGGAAUAAGCAAAAUUCAUAGAAAACCCUUUAGAAUUAAUUCACAAAAAAUAGAGAAGAUUUAUGCUAACAAAAAAACGUAGAAAAGUCGAAUUAUUUUAUUCAAGUGAAAAAAAUCAAAUAUUAAAUUUAAAAAAAAAUGAAAUUAAAUUUUAAGCCUCAAAAAAUUUCAAAUAUUCAAAAUAUAAUAAAAAAGUGAAAAAAAUCUGGUUUUGCUAUGAAUUUAAAAAAAAUAAUUUGUUGAGCUCAUCACAACAACAACAACACACAAUUAUCACACAUCGAAACUUUUGAUUAAGUAUCUAG